AUGGAACCAUUGGUACCAUCUAAUAGACAAUUAUCAGAGGUACCUACAUCAAAUGCCACCGAUUUACUUGUAGGAACCUUUUUAAUCAAUCAAGAAAACGAUGGUUCAAAUACAAGUGUUGGACGAGAAACGAAAUUGUGCAGUGAUCUUAGUUUCGUGAUACCACUGCCCUUUAUUACCUAUAGUGAUGCUUGUAAUGAUAUUUUUGUUGUACUUAAUAUGAUCAACUGUAUUAUCCUCAUCAUGCUGAACCACGUCCUACGCCAUCAACAAUGA